UUCUUUAAUGCGCACAUGCGCAAAGGAAAAUUUCUCUUUCUCGGUGGACGCGAUGGCGGACGCAGAAAAAAAAAAGUUCCGGCGGUCCCUGAGAGCCUUCUGAAAAGGCGAAAGGCCUUCGCCUCCAUGAAGGCCGCUCGCAUCAAGAAGAUGCUGGCCGAGAAGAAGGCCAGGAAAUCGACCAGGAAACUGAUCUUCAAGAGGGCUGAGAAGUAUCACAAGGAGUACAGACAGAUGUACAGACGUGAAAUCCGCCUGGGCCGCACUGCUCGCAAAGUGGGAAACUUCUAUGUACCAGCUGAGCCCAAACUGGCUUUUGUCAUCAGGAUCAGAGGUAUUAAUGGGGUCAGCCCCAAGGUCCGCAAAGUUCUGCAGCUGCUCCGUCUGCGCCAGAUCUUCAAUGGUGUGUUCGUUAAGCUGAACAAGGCUUCAAUCAACAUGCUGAGGAUUGCUGAGCCCUACAUUGCUUGGGGAUACCCCAACCUGAAGUCUGUGCGAGAGCUCAUCUACAAACGUGGCCAUGGCAGGAUCAGGAAACAACGCAUUGCCCUCACAGACAACGCUCUAGUGGAGAAGACUCUUGGCAAAUAUGGCAUCAUCUGUAUGGAGGAUCUCAUCCACGAGGUUUACACAGUUGGAAAGAACUUCAAGUCCGCCAACAACUUCCUGUGGCCCUUCAAGUUGUCGUCACCCCGUGGUGGCAUGAACAAGAAGACCACACACUUUGUGGAGGGAGGUGAUGCUGGAAACAGAGAGGAUCAGAUCAACAGAAUGAUCAGGAGGAUGAACUAAAGUUAAUGGUUUUCAAUGGAGUCAACUUGUACAAUAAAAGAUGGAAAAAAAAUGUCUUGAUGCAUUUGUUGAAUCUGUUAUCCCCAACGGCUGCUGUUUUGUCAUUUCUUGACAGUAAAUUGGUACACCACUAUGUGGAAUUUAGCAACCCUAAAUCUGUUGGAAAACCUGUGUAUCUUUUUAAGCUUUAAAAGUCAAUGUUUAGUCUGUUGUAGACAACUGUAAACACGUGGUGUUCCGUAAUGGCUGCCUCUGUGGACCUGAACAAGCUCCUGAUAGAAAUAUGAAAGGCUCAUACUGAGGUAAUUGAAAAUAAUUGGUACAUGUAUCUUCAAUUACAGCCAAAUGAAAAUGCAUUCACCAAAGUUUUACACACUGGCCCUUCAUUAAUCUUUGUAGGUUUGUCAAAGCAAAGUGUAUAUAAUAUGAAAGUGGUUAAAUAAAAUGAAAGGAUGUCCUGCAAAAGUAUUCUAAAAUUGACCCAAUAAAAACAAAACCAGACCCUGGUGAAGACA